AUGGAUUCAUUGCAUGGGCCGACGAGACCGAUGGAGGUUCCUCCGCCACAGGAGCGUGACGAUGCCGAAUCGCGGCUGCUGCGCAAAACGAUGGAAGCUGUUUCUGGUAGCGAUGUGGAACCAAUUACUAAGUUUGUUGAGUCGGUUGCCCACCAUCUGGUGAAGCAGGUGAUUGUGGAGCCGGAGGGACAGUGGGCGCGUGCGUACCCGUUCGGCUCCUGCGGCCUGGGUGCCUCUGUUGCUGACAGCGACCUUGAUAUGUAUGGUGAGAGCUUUCCUUUCUCCCUCUUGCUCUCUGUCUCUUGA